AUGUUGCCCCGCUUUCUUACCGCCGACUAUCCCGUGGAACAGCACUACUUCCUGAUACCGAAGUUUGCGCUGGGCCUCAUUGGCUUCUAUCCGGAAACGGAGCGCACUUUGCCGGUUCGCCUCUGGAGUUUCUUUAAUUUUGCCAUUCUGGCCUACGGUUGUUAUGCCGAGGGCUACUAUGGCAUCCACUAUAUACCAAUUGAUAUAGCCACAGCUUUGGAUGCGCUCUGCCCGGUGGCAUCGAGUAUUCUGUCUCUUGUAAAGGUGUUUAGCAUUUGGUGGUACCGCGAUGAGCUGAAGUGGUUAAUUGGGCGCAUACGUGUGCUCAGCGAGCAACAGCAGUCGGAUCGCAAGCUGGGCUAUAAGAAGAGGCUCUAUACGCUGGCAACACGCCUCAACAUGCUCGUCCUGUUCUUCGGAUUCUGCUGCAGCACCUCGUAUUCAGUUAGACCGUUGAUAGAGAAUUCGAUGAGGUUGCUUCAUAGUCAUGACUGGCUUUAUCAGACGCCCUUCAAGAUGAUGAUGCCUGAUGCACUCUUUCGGUUGCCUCUCUAUCCACUGACCUAUCUAUUUGUACACUGGCACGGGUACAUCACAGUUGUUUGCUUUGUGGGCGCCGAUGGCUUCUUCCUCGGCUUCUGCCUCUACCUCACGAUGCUGUUGCACGCAUUACGUGAUGACGUUUCCGAUUUGCUCCGAGUGCAGAGCAUUGAGAAAUACAACUCGACUGAGUCAGAGCAGCGCGUGAUUCGGCAGCUGGAGCGACUCAUCGAUAGGCACAAUGAGAUAGCCGACUUGACCGACAAAGUCUCAGCCGUAAUGGUGGAAAUCACUCUCGGCCACUUUGUCACUUCGAGUCUAAUUAUUGGGACAAGUGUGAUAGAUAUACUGCUGUUUUCUGGCGUUGGUAUUGUCGUUUACGUCGUUUACACCUGCGCGGUGGGUACGGAGAUCUUUUUAUACUGCCUAGGUGGCAGUUAUUUGAUGGAAGCGUGUUCGGACUUGGCGCGUACCACAUUUGGGUCCCAUUGGUAUGCCCACAGCGUACGAGUUCAGAAAAUGACUUUGUUGCUCAUUGCGCGCUCCCAGCGCGUGCUCAUUUUGAAGGUACCGUUCUUCUCGCCCUCGCUGGAGACCCUCACUUCGAUCGUUCGCUUUACAGGCUCGUUGAUUGCAUUGGCCAAGUCCAUACUGUAG